GUGGCAAUUUUAAAACAGAUUUUGCAUUUUAACGAUGAAUACGUGCUCUUUUGCUUGCAACGUUAACCAACGUUAGGUUAUAUGUCAGGUCCUCGAGUAAACUAUUUCUAAAAAAUAAAUAACCGUUAAGCUAGCUUGAUAGCUAGUUGCUUGCUACGGAAAUGACUUUCAUAGCUGAAUGCUGGAUUUACUUGGCAGCAAACAAGCUAUCCGUCCUUCAUUGACACUGAGUUGUUGGUGUACUGUGUGGUAUAAUUCUGACUUUCUGUGUUAACUUGUAAAACACCCUGGUUACCUGAACUGAGCAUUCCCCGAGGUAGGGGUGCAGCUCUUCUUCCUGUGGGAUGAAGGAAUGGUGGCUUCAUGUGGGGUUGCUGUGCGUCCCGCUCAUCGCCGUUUACUUGCACAUCCCACCACCGCAGCUGUCCCCCACACUGAAAACCUGGAGCUCUUCCGGCUCCCUCUUCCGUUACAAAGGACACAAAAUCUUCUACAAAGAUUCAGCAGGAGCUCUUGGGAGCACAGAUGUGGUCAUACUCCUACACGGGUUCCCUACCUCCAGUUAUGACUGGUACAAGAUCUGGGAGCCUCUGAGUCAGCGCUUUAACAGAGUCAUUGCCCUGGACUACUUGGGCUUCGGCUUCAGUGACAAACCCAGGCACCACCGAUAUUCCAUAUUUGAGCAGGCCAGCAUUGUUGAGGCGUUAGUCUCUCACCUGGGCCUUCGACAUCAAAGAGUUAACCUCCUGGCCCACGAUUAUGGAGACACCGUGGCUUUGGAACUUCUGUACAGGCGUGACAACAACAGAACAGGACACCUCACCAUCAACAGCCUCUGCUUGUCUAAUGGAGGCUUAUUUCCAGAAACAACCUAUCCACGAUUUCUGCAGAAGCUGCUGAAAGACUCGGGUUUCCUCUCCUCCGUAUUCACCAGACUCAUCAACUUCAUGCUCUUCUCCAGAGGGAUCGGGGAGGUCUUCGGCCCCUACACCCAGCCCACGGAGGCCGAGCUCUGGGACAUGUGGAUAGGAAUCCGCUUCAACGACGGAAACCUGGUCAUGGACAGUAUUCUGCAGUACAUCAACCAGAGGCUGAAGCAUAGGGAACGCUGGGUAGGCACACUCACCUCAACUUUCAUUCCACUGCAUAUGAUAUACGGACCACUGGAUCCAGUCAACCCACACCCCCAGUUCAUCAGACUGUACCAGAAACUGGUGAAGAGGUCCACAAUGUCUGUUCUGGACGAACACAUAAGCCACUACCCCCAGCUGGAGGACCCCACGGGGUUCCUGAACUCCUAUCUCAACUUCAUCAACUCCUUCUGAGCUGAGCAGCUUUCCCUCGUCAAGAUGGCCGUCUCUUCCAGCAUCAAAUCUUUCUUCCAAUUUCUAUUUCAUAAGCACAUGUCCAUGCCCUCUGAUUAGGACUGUCAUCAUUCAUAAAUCAAUCAUCAUCAAUCGUCAUAAGCAAUGCGAGCAACUCCCUUUGACUGACAGCGGGGUUUUUAAGUGCAAUUUGCCAAUCGGCUUGGUUUCUCCACAUCAUCGGACCUACAGUGCUCUGAACAGCUAAAGAUGCCCUUUGAAAACCAAAACCCCAGGAAAAAAAUGCAUGUCUGUAGUAUGCAUACAGAUGUAAAGUGUACCAUUGCUGAGUUUUUCUUUUUUACAUUACAGUAAAUUUCAUGAGCUUCAAGAAUUUCCAAUGAGGUGCUAAAAGUUCUCAGUUACCAUUGUGUUGAUGGGUGUUCCAUUCAGUUAACAUUACCUAUAGAGGUGUUGAUAGCAAUAUAAAGUAUCUAGAGGUACAAUUCCAUUGACAGCGGUCUAGUUUAACAGUAUUGUAAAGAUCUGUGUAUGAAAUAUGAAGCCAAAUACUGAUACCAGCUGAGCAGUGUCCAAAGGAGAAUAAUAUCUCCCUCAUUUCUUACCAGCAGAGGUGGAGUGUCCAGAUGUCAGAGUAGAAGCCCUGCUAUGUGUUUCUUCCACCUAUGAACUCAUGAUUUCACUAAUACCCAGAAAAGUCUCUGCCUCUAUAACCAUGACCUGGCAAGCAGUUCCACCUACUGACAACUGAUAUUUGUGUGGAUAGUCACGCCACAUACGAGAACGCUCACUGCUGUAACCUCAUUAUGGUAUCAAGCUGGUCUUUCAUCAACAGUUCUCUGUGGAUUACCUUCCGGAACAAUAAUGUCACCUUUGCUGCCAGCUGUGCGUACUGUAUCUGGUGAAUAAUGCACUGAAUUACAAGCAAAAAAAAGAAAAGUAUUUUAUGGAAAUAAAAAUAGUUUUUCAAAAA